AGCUCUGUGGCCUUCGCUCUGGUCUUACUCUGCAUAACUUGGUGUGUACUCUCUGCAGUGGGAAAAGGAGUGGCCCCGCCCUUUCCCAAGCUAGAGUCCUUUGUUAGACAAAACAGGCAAAUGUCCCAGCUUCUCUGAUAACUCACAGAUUUUCAUGGAUGUGGAUUUGCCUUACGAGGCUUACCGGUUAAUAGUAAAUAUCACUUGCAUUUUGGCUUGUUUGUAAGCCCCAUCAGUAUGGGGACUGGGUAUAAUGUCUGUGGGCCAGUGCAGUGCCAAGGCUUGACACAUAUUUGUUUAACCAAUGAAAGAUUAUGUCUUAUAUUCCUAUUGGUUCUUCUUCAAUAUGAAGCAAAAUAUUAGACAGGUAAGAGAUGUUGGGUGAGCCCCAGUUUACAUAGUGGUUCACAUGCUUUAUGCGGUUACUAAAGUGAAAAACUUAUUUAGGUAUUCAUCUUCUCAAUACCUGUCCCUGGAGAUGCUGGCUGUGCAUAUUAGUGACAGGUAAGGUCCACACGCCAGGUGAAAAAUUGCUCCUGCCUUCCUGACUAUAAAUAAUUUCAGUCCCCAAUUUUUAAUAAGAUCCCAGCACUUAAUCAUUGAAAUUACUCGUGCUGAAAACAUGGUACGUACAUAUUCUUUCUUACUUAACUUUAGCAAAAUGAUCAUAGAACUAAACAAAACACGUUUGCUUUCUCUUUAUUUAAAGUGUAAUGUUGACAGUGUUUCCCAAUACUGGAAAAUGUUUAAUGUCCCCUUGAGUCUGAGAGUUUUCAAGAAAAACAGUUACUUUUUAGAAUGGAGAAUCUGAAGCAUGGACUUUUAUUUAUUUGGAUCAUUUCUCUUUCAAAAGAAGGAUUUUAUGGAACUGACUCAUAAGGGAAUGAUUUUAAAAGCAAGAGAUGACACAGGCUGUCCCAGCAGCCAGUCGGUGUCUCCUGUGAAGACGCCCUCGGACACAGGGAACAGUCCUGUGGGCUUCCCCCCUGGAAGUGAUGAAGACUUUACCAGGAAGAAAUGUACAAUUAGAAUGGUUGGUGAGGGAGGCAUCCAGUCGGCGCGAUAUAAGAAGGAACCCAAGUCAGGCCUUGUAAAGCCAGGUAGCGAAGCCGAUUUCAGCUCCUCCAGCAGCACUGGCAGCAUUUCUGCUCCCGAGGUUCACAUGUCUGCUGCGGGAAGCAAGCGGUCCUCUUCCUCACGCAAUCGAGGUCCCCAUGGGCGGAGUAAUGGAACUUCAUCACACAAGUCGGGCAACAGCCCGCCGUCCCCGAGGGAAAAAGACCUGCUGUCCAUGCUGUGCAGGAGUCAGCUGAGCCCUGUGAACACCCAUCCCAGCUACGCGCCUUCUUCCCCGAGCAGUAGCAACUCGGGCUCCUACAAAGGAAGUGACUGCAGCCCAGUCAUGAGGCGGUCCGGGAGGUAUAUGUCCUGCGGUGAAAACCAUGGCGUCAAGCCCCCGAAUCCCGAGCAGUAUUUGACUCCUCUGCAGCAGAAAGAGGUGACGGUGAGACACCUGAAGACCAGGCUGAAGGAAUCUGAGCGCCGGCUCCAUGAGAGGGAAACGGAAAUUGUGGAGCUGAAGUCCCAGCUGGCCCGGAUGAGGGAAGACUGGAUUGAAGAAGAGUGCCACCGGGUGGAGGCCCAGCUGGCCCUCAAGGAAGCCAGGAAAGAGAUCAAACAGCUCAAGCAGGUCAUCGAAACCAUGAGGAGCAACCUGGCCGAUAAAGAUAAAGGCAUUCAGAAAUACUUCGUGGACAUAAACAUUCAAAACAAGAAGCUGGAGUCCCUCCUGCAGAGCAUGGAGAUGGCGCACAGCGGCUCCCUGCGGGAUGAGCUCUGUCUGGACCUCCCGUGUGAUUCCCCAGAGAAGAGCUUCCCCCGAAACACCACUUUUGACAAGAUGGCAGGGGGGCUGUCGCUGGAAGGGCAGGUCACAGAGGAAGGGGCUUACAGCGAGCUGCUGGUGGGUGAGAGCAUGGCUGAUGCCACAGAUUCGCUGGAUGAGCUGGUGACAGCCACGGCCACCGAGGCUGGCCACCUGGAGCUUCUCCAUUCCCCCACGGGGGCGAAGGUCCUGGAGGGCCUCCCCCUGGUGGUGGGGCCGGAGGAGGGCAUCCUGGCGGUGGAGCGGGCGGUGCAGACCGACGUGGUUCCCUACAGCCCUGCAGUCUCGGAGCUCGUUCAGUAUGUGCUCCAGCUCCAGGACCCCUACCCCUCGAGGUCAGUGUCCCCCGACGAGUCCACCGCCGACUCCACAGGGAGCUUCCUGGAGUCCCUCUCUGCAUUAGUGGUUGAUUUAACCCCAAGGAAUCCAAACUCGGCCAUCCUUUUGUCUCCCGUGGAGACCCCAUACACCACGGUGGAUCCGCAAGCUCACGCAAACCGCCUCAUGCGAGAGCUGGAUUUCGCAGGCACCGCAGAGGAAAGGUUGGACAGCAUCAUCCCGCUGGCCCGGGGGACCGUGGGGCGGCAGUACUGGAGCCACAGUUUCCUGGUGGAUCUCCUGGCUGUGGCUGCCCCCGUGGUCCCCACCGUGCUGUGGGCAUUCAGUACUCAGAGAGGGGGGACAGAUCCCGUCUAUAACAUCGGAGCCUUGCUCCGGGGCUGCUGCGUGGUGGCCCUGCAUUCGCUGCGCCGCACCGCCUUUCAGAUGAAAACCUAGAUAGAAGUGGUUGUUCCCGUGUGCCAAUCUGUCCCGUGUGAUGUGGUGCCAGGUGGAGAAACAGCAGGUCGACCUAGGGCGGUCUCUGUUCUGUUGUGUUGCUCCUCGGUAUUUGAUUUGCACUAUAUUUAGUUGAAGCCUGUUCACUGUCGAGGACCUGAGGUAUCUUCAAAGGCAUGGAGACCUGAUUCAAGUAAAUGUCCCACCCGUGAGGUGUAGAAAGCAUGCUCGUGACCCUGCCGUGUCGUCCGAGGUACCCGUUCUUUCCCUAGUGGUUCAGGAAGAGAAAAUGCAAAGUUUGCACUUUCAAGACAGCUUCUGUAAGGCUGGCAUGUUAUCUCCUUGCUUUGCUUUGUGCCGUUUUCAAAUGUGUGAUAGUUCCAGCAUUCCAAUGGUCUUGUGCACAGCAGGGGACUGUAACCAAAAAUAAACACGUAUUUGUGUCAUUGGGUUGAAGAAGUCUUAACUAGUCCUUUAGUGUCUUACUUGGGGUUGAGCAGAUUUGAGUGUUUGCAGUUUUCUACUAAAUGUAGCUCCAAAGUCUUAAAAUGGCUUGUUUGUUCUUAAACCUGUUAAUUGAUGAAACCGUAUGUAAGUUUACAAUGUAUUAACUUAUUUUUUGCUUAUUAUAUAUAGUGUUUUCUUGGGAACUGUUUGUAACCACACACUUCAGCAUGAUGAAAAUAAAGAUUAGUGUUUCCAGUUAAA